AUGUGGAAAGCUAGCCUUCACAAUGAAAGUCAAACUCUCAUCUCCUCAUGGGUUGGAAGCAACCAUUGCAGUUGGGUUGGAAUUGGUUGCAAUAAGGUCGGUAGUGUUGUCCAUAUAGACCUUCGAGGUUAUGGUUUGAAAGGUACUCUUUCUAAUCUUAAUUUCUCAUCCUUUCCUCAUCUCCUCACCCUUGAACUUUUUAACAACUCACUUUAUGCGACCAUCCCAAUCAAUAUUGGUUGCCUUUGGAGACUCACCUACCUUAGCUUGCCUUUCAACAAUCUCUCUGGAACAAUUCCGACCGAAAUAGGCCAACUAACUAAUCUAAGGAUCUUGUACAUGAAUAGAAACCAAAUUGGUGGUUCCAUCCCCCAACAAAUAGGAUUGCUCAGCUCUCUCAAUGAGCUUGGCUUGUUUACUAACAAUCUCACAGGUUCAAUCCCUUCUUCAAUUGGAAACUUGGGCAACUUAACCAUUUUGUACCUUUAUGACAACCAACUUUCCAGAUCAAUCCCUCAAGAAGUUGGGAUGUUGAGGUCUCUCCUUGAUCUCGAACUCUCAACGAACAACCUCACCGGUUCAAUCCCUGCAUCUAUAGGGAACUUGGGCAACUUAACCACUCUGUACCUUUAUGACAACCAACUUUCCGGAUCAAUCCCUCAAGAAGUUGGGAUGCUUAGGUCUCUUGUUGAUCUCGAAUUCUCAGGGAACAAGCUCGCGGGUUCAAUCCCUGCAUCUAUAGGGAACUUGGGCAACUUAACCACUCUGUACCUUUAUGACAACCAACUUUUUGGAUCAAUCCCUCAAGAAGUUGGGAUGCUUAGGUCUCUCGUUGAUCUCGAACUCUCAAGGAACAGGCUCACGAGUUCAAUCCCUGCAUCUAUAGGGAACUUGGGCAACUUAAUCACUCUGUACCUUUAUGACAACCAACUUUCCGGAUCAAUCCCUCAAGAAGUUGGGAUGCUUAGGUCUCUCGUUGAUCUCAAACUCUCGACGAACAACCUCACCGGUUCAAUCCUUGCAUCUAUAGGGAACUUGGGCAACUUAACCACUUUGUACCUUUAUGACAACCAACUUUCCGGAUCAAUCCCUCAAGAAGUUGGGAUGCUUAGGUCUCUUGUUGAUUUCAGACUCUAA